AUGCCAGCCAAGCGCAUGUUGAGGGCCCCUUUCGUCUCAAGUCACGAGGCUACUCUAGGCAGCCUGAUCACCAGCAUCAAGGAGCCUAAACUGGGCGCUCAAGUGUGUCCCUGGCCUCUGGGAAAAAUCGAGGACUACGCCGUCAGAUCUGUACCCGACAUGUAUGCCGUUACUCAGCCCGCAAAAGAACCAGGUCUCUCUGCUUCGAUUUCCCGUCUAUUCAAGACCGGCGGCUCUGCAGGUAGCAAUGAUAUGCCUCCAACCGGCGGGAAGAUAUACACGCUCAAAAAGCCGAGGGAGCUUUUUCACAAUCUCAGCGGAGAAAAGGUCGUGCGAAAAUGGCUGCAACAUCGGAUUGCCGAAAAAGUGGAUGUGUACAUGCUGGAGGGGCUUGCUACGUUAGAAGGAUGUUCUUCGGUCUGCUACAUGAAUAGUGAGAAUAGCUAUCCCGCGCAGGGAGAACUGAUCUGCGCAAUACGUGUUUUGAAGGUUGUUUUCAAGCCUUUCAGGACGAAAAGUAUUGAUUAUGCGCGGUUGGAGAAGGACAGCACUUGGGUGGUGUUCUCGGACGGCAAGCCGUUGCGGCCUCCAGCAGCGGAAUGGGUCGAAGUGUCGUCGGACGGAAAGCAGAGCAGCCUAGGGGACCAGAAUCAACAGGCUGUGGGAGAAAAUGGGCACGGUGGGGUGUUUACCUUCGAUGAGGUCCGUAUUGAGCAGGCCAGGGGUCCGCGUGACGAGGUGAGUUGGUUCUCGGAUGAUUCUUAA